AUGACGCCUCCGGCUGGCAGAAACGGCUUUGUCUUCCGCCGCGAGGAGGAGCGGAAAGCGGAGGAGGUGGCUGAGGCACUGUAUGCAGAGUACGACGCGGGCAAGCCAGGAGCAGUCCGUCCCACCGUGUCGAUGCUGGUUGGGCAAUUGCAACAGAUCCGGAACCACGCCAUCGCCCGGCAAAAGAAAAAGUACCUGGAGGCGCUGGCGUCCAAAGUGCUCGACGACCGUCUGGGCGCAGCCAUGGCGGCACAGGCGAUGCAGGCGGCGGAGAAGGCGAACGAGUCUGCGGCGGCGGCCAAACAAGGCACAGCAGACACAGCGACAUCACAACCAACGUCGUCCACCGACGCGCAGGCAACGGCCGCGGCACAUGACGGUACAACGGCGAUGGAUGCAGCAGCCGAUGGUGUGGCUGCGCCCGAGGGCGAGGCAGCAGCAGAGGGGGACGGCACAGCAACAGCAUCCGCACCGACGGGAAAACGGAUACGGCGGGCGGGCGCCGAGGGCGGUGCAGCCAACGGCCGCAUUGUGCGAAAACGGAAGCGGCGGCGGCACGACGACAGCAGCGAUGGGGAUGGCGGAAGCGACAGCGACAACCGAGAGCGCAAACAAAAGGGCGCCGUCGUGCCAACAACGCUGCCGUCCGACGGACCGACGUUUGCAGACAUUGCCGGCAUGGACGACAUCCUCCGCGACCUGAUCCGGCUGGUGUGGAUGCCGCUGCGGCGCGGGUGCGAUUUCAAGGACAGCGGCUCGCGGCCCAACGAGGCCGUGCUGCUGUACGGGCCGUCCGGCUGUGGCAAGACACUGCUGGCCAACGCCGUGGCCGCCGAGGCGCGCGUCCCGUUUUUCUCCGUGUCGGGCCCGUCGCUGAUCGGCGGCAUCAGCGGCGAGUCCGAGACCAACAUCCGCGCCAUCUUUGACGAGGCCGUGCGGCAGGCGCCGAGCCUGAUCUUCCUCGACGCCAUCGAGGCGCUGGCCGGCAAGCAGGAUGCGUCCGGCAAGGGCCCCAUGGAGAUGCGCAUGGCGCUGACGCUGACGAGCUGCAUCGACCGCCUGAAUGCGGAGGCCAACACGGGCAAGUACGUGAUUGUGCUGGCCGCGACCAACAAGGCCGACAGCCUGGAUCCGCUGGUGCGGCGGCGGUUCGGCGUGGAGAUUGCGGUGCGGAUGCCGAGCCAGGAUGCGCGCGAGCGCAUCUUGCAGACCAUGACACGCGGCAUGCAGUUUGCCGAGGACGUGGACCUCAAGGCCAUUGCGCGCAUGACGCCCGGCUUUGUCGGCGGCGACCUGCAGAACGUGGUCAAGACGGCGCAGCGCAACUACAUGGAUGCCAAGCUGGACGCCGUGCUUCGCCGCCUGCGGGCGACGGCGGGGCCGGAGCAGAUUGGACAUGGUGGCGGGUCCGCAUGGCCGGAGGGCGAGGCACAGGAGGAUACACGGAUGACACUCACGACUGUGCCGACACCAGACGACGCAGAGACGGUGUCUGAUGUGCAGCGGGACAUUCGUCUGCUGAAUGCGCACGAGGACGAGCGGUCGCUGGCGGCCGCUGCCAUGGGCGUUUCAACGGCCGCUUCGACAGCGGCAGCAUCCGGUGACGAUGAGGCGACACACGCGGCAAACGGGAUAUUGGAAACAGCGGCACCGCGCGCAGAGGGCAUCACGUCACAAAACUUCCGCGACGCCGCGCUGUCGGUCCUGCCGGCCGCCAAGCGCGAGGGCUUCAGCACCAUCCCCAACACGACGUGGAAGCAGGUCGGCGCCAUGGAGGUCCUGCGCAAGAAGCUGGAAAUGUCAAUCAUCGGCCCCAUCCGGUACCCGGACAAGUACGCCGCCGUCGGCCAGAAGCCCAUGGGCGGUAUUUUGCUGUGGGGCCCCCCCGGCUGCGGCAAGACGCUGGUGGCCAAGGCCGUGGCCAACGAGUCCAAGGCCAACUUCAUCUCGAUCCGCGGCCCCGAGCUGCUCAACAAGUGGGUCGGCGAGUCGGAGCGGGCGCUGCGCGAGCUGUUUGAGCGGGCGCGGGCCAUGGCGCCGUGCAUCAUCUUCUUUGACGAGAUGGACGCCCUGGCCGCGAAGCGCGACGACGCGCGGUCCGACGGCAGCGCGCGCAUUGUCAACACGCUGCUGACGGAGCUGGACGGCGUGGUCGACCGCACGGGGCUGUUUGUGAUUGGCGCGACGAACCGGCCGGACAUUAUCGACCCGGCCCUGAAGCGGCCCGGCCGCCUGGGCGAGAGCAUCUUUGUUGGGCCGCCGACGGCCGAAGACCGCGUGGCGAUUCUGCAGACGCUGUACCGCAACGCGAUCCCGGGCGACCCGGACAUGGCCGCGACGAUGGACGUCAUUCACGGCGUGGCCAUGGAUGCACGGUGCACUGGGUUCUCGGGCGCCGACCUGGACCACCUGCUGCGGACUGCGGGUAAGAACAGCCUAGACCGGACCGGCCUGCACAGCGCAGAGAUGCCGAAGAUCACGGCCGACGACUGGGAGGAGGCGCUUGCAGAGACGCAGCCGAGCACGAGCCUCGCAGAGCUGCGGCGGUACGAGAAGCUGCACUAA